ACAAAGGUAACGAGACCAUGCUUCCAGGGCUUGUCUGCUUGGUCCGGCGGUAGCAUUCCGUUCUGCGGCAUCGUCUUCUCGUCCACCACUAUCUCCUUGUAUUUUGCAAAUAUGUUCACAACCUUGACCAAGUAAUUAUAUUAGCUUUUAUGGACCUUCAAAGAUUGACAUCCCAAUGAAUUCUUAAAGUUAUUAGAAAUGCUACAGACAACUGUGGUUGCCACAGCCUCGCGUCCACAUGUAAAAAGAAAACAACAUUGUUUUGCUCUUCCUCAUUUCCUCCCCUUUCUUUCCUUUCCCCACUAAUAACUUGAGCACCAGUUUCGCCCACGAACCAGCCAACAAGCUCUUACCUAUCGAAAGUUAGCCUCAUUCUUUUCAUCUUUUCAAGUAAACUUUCGAUGAAAUUUUUUUGAAACAAUAGAAUGAGAAUAGGAAUACGACAAAAUUUUUGGGUUAUGGGUGACUUUGUUUUUUGGUGGGGGCUGGCUUUUAAUAUGCUUUGUUGGGUUAAUAUAUGCUGGACGUAGAAAUGGAGUACUGCGUCGAAGUGAGAGCGUUCAAAUCAAGUUUACUUGGAGAAUUGGCCAUGAAGUCGACGCAGCAGGUGACGUUGGAGGACUGCUUGGGUGCUAGCGGGGUUCCUAGUGAAGAUUUCUCCAUCGACGACCUUCUGGACUUGUCGAAUGCCGAGUUUGAAGAUGGGUACGUCGUGGAACAAGAAGAGGAAGAGGAAGAAGUGGAGAAAGGUUCUCUUUUGGGUUGUUCCUCUCAAGACCAGGCCGAUGAGGAUAGUUCCAAUUCUACAAAUUUCUCCGGCACAGUUGAGUUUGAGUCUCAUCUUGCCAACGAGCUUGUCGUUCCGGAUGAUGAUUUGGUGGAGAUAGAAUGGGUUUCUCGCAUCGUGAACGAUUCUCUACUGGAUUUCUCUCUUUCGUACGCUGCCGGGAAAUAGAAAACCGAGACUCGUAUAAUGAACUAGUUAGAACCGGAGACUAGACCAAGGUCGCCAUCAACAAAACCUUCAGGUUUUCCCUCCCCGGUUCCGUCUAAAGCCAGAAGCAAACGGCCCAGAGUAACUAAUCGCGUUUGGCUUGGGUCCCCGCUCUCUGAGUCACCUUCACCAUCUUCAGCAUCUUCUCCUGGGUUUUCUUCGACACCUUGUCUUAUCUUCGCCAACACGGUCCAAAACAUGGAGCUUUUCACUUUUGUUCUCAGCUGCGAGAAAGGGGGAAAGGAAGCAAAUGGGAAAAAAAUGAGAAAUGAGCAAAACGAUUUCGUUUUCUUUUUA